GAGAGAGAGAGCAUCACCUGUUGGGAUGUGAGUGCAGAUCUCGACUGAAUCAUGAAAUCUUCACCUCUGUGAAGAAUGUGACUCCACCAACACUCGAACUGAGAGAAACAUCAUCCAUCGCCUUUUGUUGAAUUCUUCCAAUUUAUCUGAAGGGGUAAAAUUCCUUAAUACUUCACAGGGGAUUUCUGUUCUGUUGGGAUUUUUUGUUUGGUUUGUUUGUUUGUUUGUUUGUUGGGGUUGGGACUUUGGGAAGAAGAUGAAUUCUACUUUCUUCAACCAGACUAUGAUGGACGAAGGUCUUUACGCCAGCAGGAGCCCCGACCUGGGGAUGGUGUUGGGUUGCUGUAACCAAACUGCCUCUGUGGUGUCUGAUGGCUCUCUGAACACGAGCCAAGACGAACAGAAACUCUUCAUCAUGCGGGUGGUGCAGAUCGCGGUGCUCUGCGUCCUCUCCCUGACUGUCAUCUUUGGCAUCUUCUUCUUGGGCUGCAACCUCAUGAUCAAGUCUGAGAGCAUGAUCAACUUCCUGGUCAAGGACAGGAGACCCUCUAAGGACGUGGAGGCUGUGAUUGUGGGCUUGUAUUAGGCGGGGAACACGCUCUCUUCUCCCGACCCACCAUUGCCCGUCCACAAGACGCUUUGUACCUUCUCUUGGCGGCAUCAGGGGACCCCCCCCACCACCCCCACCUCCCAGCUGCCCAGCCCCUCAUCCCCAAGUUGGGAGCCACUCAUCUCCAGGGGGCUUUGGGGGCUGUUAUUACCGCUUGUCCAACCGCCGAGGAGGAGGAGGAGGAGGAGAAGGAAGAGAGAAACGACUGGAAGAGGGAAGAGAGACAGAGAGAGAGAGAGAGAGGAAGUGUGUGAGAAAAAGUUCCUAGAAUUGGGAAUGGAAUGGGAUGGGAUGGGAGGCUGUUGGGACGGAGUCUAUAUUGGCGGGUUGACUUGAACUGAACUUGUUGCCCUUUGCAUGCGAGUGAGAG